UGUGCAGGCGAGCAAGCAGGCCGAAGAGACAAACAGAAACAAACAGGACAACAACACCAAAGAAGAAGAUGAUGAUGAUGAAGAACCCCGUCAUUCUGAUGGCCUGCAUCGUUCUUUUGUCAUCUCUCGUUACGUCUGACAGCACCUUCGGUCCAGAAAGAUGCUGCUUUCAGUUCCUCCACAAACGUCUGCCGGCCAACAGAGUGACGAGCUUUGAAUACACAGACAAACGGUGUGCAAUGGAAGGCGUGCUAUUAAAGACGGUGGCUGGUAAAAAACUCUGUACUGAUCCAACCAUGCAGUGGGUAAAGAAAAUCAUUGAAUCCAUCCAGUCGAAGAAUGCCACCACCCCUGGGUUUCAUGGUCCUGGGUCGGUGAACCAGAAUUUUGUGUUUUAUUGCCCCACCAUCGCUGUUUACGGCCUAUUGGACACUAUGCUCACCUGGAUUCGCCAGCUGAGUUUCCACCUGUUCGGAGCUGGGUGCGGCCUUCCAGAGGUGGCACGAACCACAGCAAUCUUCGCCUGUUGA